AUGGUCUCAGCGUUCAUCGUAAGAGUCGCUGCCGCCGUGCUGGCCAUACAGCCGGCGUUGGCAGCACGCAAGAACCUCAUCAUCGACACUGACAUCUUCAGUGACUGCGAUGAUACUGGCGCCCUCCUUCUCGCAGCAACCUCACCAAACGUGAACCUCCUCGGUGUCAACAUCAACUACCCUUCAACAUACUCCGUCACGGCAACUUCGGCAAUCCUCGCCCACUAUGGCCUUGCAGAUGUUCCCAUCGGCGCGCGCAGACCAAUGACAGAUGAGCCUUUCUUCGACACUUUCGCCUACGACCUAGGCGAGUACGCAAGCAAGAUCUCGUACCAGUACUCGGGCGGCUCGCUCCCCUUUGGCCAGGCCGAGAACGCCUCCGACGCGGUGACGCUCUACCGCAAGAUCCUCGCCGAGGCCAACGAGCCGGUGACAAUUGUCUCCAUCGGCUUCUUCGAGAACCUCUCCGCGCUCCUGAACUCCACAGCCGACGCUGUCUCUAACCUCACGGGCCCCGCGCUGAUUGCAAGCAAGGUCUCGGAACUGGUGGUCAUGGGCGGGGGUUACCCGUCCGGUCGGGAGUUCAACUUCUUUGGCGAUAACCCUUCGCACACGGCGCAUGUCGUGAACAACUGGAAGGGUCGCAUGGUUUUCUGCGGCACUGAGGUCGGCUCGAUCGUGCUGUCCGGAGCGAAGCUGCUCGCCGAGGGCCCCAUAUCGGAUCCGGUCCGGCAGGCUUACAUUUACUACAACUUUUACCGGCCCCGGCAGUCGUGGGAUCCACUCACGGUAUUGUAUGCCAUGCAAGGCCUCGGAGACAUCUUUAAAUACGGCAACAUGUACGGGCGCAACUUUGUCUAUGCCAAUGGGUCGAAUGAGUGGGUCUAUGACCGGAAUGUCACUAAUCAGCACUGGUUAAACCUCAAGGUUGACAAUGUUACGGCGGCGGCGGCGCUGGACAAGUUGUACUUGGAGGGAGCAUGGUCGAUGGUGAACGGGACGUCGGCUUGA